AUGAUUUCCUCCGUUGCCGCCAGGAUUCCUCCUCGAGUGCGCCAGGAGGCGCUCGGUAAAGUGGAGCUGAGAACCAGUACUGAGGUAAAGGCUCAGUGUGAUCAGAAUGUGUCCCUGCAGUGUGACAUCAUGUCAUCGAACCCACUCAAGAUCAUUCUCUUUUCCUGGGUAUGGAAAAUGAAACAGCUGUGUGUGGUCAAUGCCACUGGUGUAUUCUCCUUUCCUGGCGUCCGGUGUGACAUCACAAACAACACCCUCACACUCAAUCUGACUCGGGUGAUGCCGUCCAGUCAGGGUAACUACACCUGCAAACUGCGCUCCAACCUAACGAUCACAGCUGCCAACACCACUGUGACAAUGCAAGAGUGCCUAAGGACAUCUGAGCACAUAGUGUUCCAGAAUGAGUCUCAGGUUGAGUGCCAGUUUUUUGGAGUUUACCCAGAAGGCACAGUACACUGGUUCCUGGGCUCUGAGAAUAUAACAGAGUCCGCCAGCACCAAGAGCCAGCUGGAUGAAGAGGGGCUGUUUGAUAUAAGGAGUACCCUGCCUACCCAGGCUGGGACUGAGCCUUACAACUGUUCCUUGUGGAUACCUAGUAGUGGAACCUACAGCUCUCACAAACAGCUGCACUACUCCAGAAUGAUCUCUUCAGGGACAAAGACUAGGAGCAGACUGCUGUUGGUCUUCAUCCUGGUUGGACUCAUAAUCAUAACAUAGGACUACUCAUGGGAAUGUCAGGAGGUUUUUUACUGAACAUGGGACUUCGAACUACAGUAGGAAAAAGGGCUUUCCUGGUCAGGGCACAUCUACACAGGAUGGAUCAGGGCCUUUCUCUUACUGAGUGAAGAGAAAGCAAACCUGGAUUGCCAUGGCCAAAGUGGAUAUAUGUUUUCACUUUUUAUACUGGGAAGCAAAAUAUCAAAGUAAUUACAAUAAAUACAAUUGAAUUUUAAACUGAAAAUCAGUGUACAAUGGGAUUUGAGAAUACUGUAAUAAGUGUUCAUUGUUUGUCUUCAACGUUAUACACUUGUUUAAAUUGCAUUGCUUAUUACAGUAGUAGAAUACUGCUUCCUGGUGGUGAAAGUGUUUACUGAUGGAAAUAGUAUUGCUGUUAGAUGCGCAAUGAAGAUAUUCUAAAUUGUAUUGUUGAAUUGACUGAUCUCGCUUAUUAAGCCUGUCAUAACUUGUUGCUGUGUUUUACAGUCAGAACUGAUUAGACUGAUUUAUAUAAUAAUCAAUGCAAUGUCAAAACAUGGCUAGAAGGACAUGUUACUGUGUGUUCUGGAUUCUAAAAUACAAGUUGUAUUAUACCAUAGCAAAUAUAGUCACCCAUGUUGUUUUCUGUUCUAGUUCUCCAUUUAAAAAUGCACCAGACCACUGAGGGAACUCAUGACAUUGAUAGUUAAUGAAUGAGGACUCAUGGUCAUUCAAAUUGCAUUUCUAGUUCCUUCUCAGUGUACCACAAGGAGGCAGAGUCAUCCCACCAGAGAGGACUGUCAAACAAAUCAUACACAACUCUUCUCCCUCUGCAUAUAAACACGCACACUCAUGCUGUGUGAAUUCCAAUCCAACAGUUCUGUAUAAAUCAACACUUUGAUGUGACACAUUUCCUAUCAAUUUCCGCUACGCCAAUGUGGGGUCUCCUGCAAAGUGAAGGAGUGGAGGGUCAAAUGUCUCAUUAUAAAACACUCAAAUCAAUCCACAUGACUUCUGUGGUGUCAAACUCACAUCUCUAAUGCAUUAUCAGGUGCAAGGAUAUGUAAGCUGUUUUAGAUGGACUGACCUUGUUGCACAUGUGUGGGCUGCUGUGAGAGAUACCUGUUGAGUACACAGUAUAACAACACAUUCUGAAUUCUUCUGAUAAAUAGAUACAUUUCCCUGACAAUUGUGAGGAUUCCUGCAAAGUGGGAUGUCAUUAUCAAACACUCAUCAGUAUGAUGAGUCCUGUUGUCCCAGACAGGGCAUGAUCAGAAAUAUAGUUGAAGUGUUUUAAAUCGAUUGACAGUUUGUUUCAGUAAAAUCAAACAUUACCUAGAAAGGAGAUGAUGGUCAUUGACCUCCUUUUGGCAAACCUGCUCCAAGUUGUACAAAGGUCCGCAAGGGGCUUUAGUUGUAGCCUAGUUUGUAUAGAUUUAACGCAACACAGUGGUUAAGAGAACCACAUCUCUGUUUAACUUGACUGGAAGACAAAUUCCUGUUUGUGAUGUAGUUCAUAGAGUUUCACUGUAAUAUACACACAGACAUAUGGGUGCAUGGUGAGUGAACAGACUAAAAAAAGAUAAGACCUGCUUCCACGUAGCAUUAGGGAGACCUGACAUGGCUAUCCCUAGAGCACGGUGGUGGGACAGGCUGUUAAGGGCUGAGACUCAGCGAUGCUGGUCCAAAGGCUCCCUAGAGAGAGUAGAGAGGCAGGAGGACAGGUCAGCCACUGUGGACAGAGUAGAGGGUGAGUCGGCUCAAUAGGCCAAAAACAACACGCUCCAGCAGAGCCACCACCCAAUCAGACACUGAAUCAAUAAGAGAGAGAGGAGCGAAGACACUGGUUCACUAAGCAUGAGUGUAAGGACAUAUGUGUGUGUUGAGGGGUGGUGAAGUGGGGUGUUAGACUGCAAGUCUAAGGAAGAUAAGAGUCUAUUUCUGGCCUGGCGUAUGGGUCAGUAGUCAGCUCCCAACGGCUGGGGCUGGCAUGAUUGACAAUGGCUAGCUACAAACCAAUGCGCGACAUUGGCUGGGAAUAAGGAAGUAAUUGCAAGUAAUUGGUGUGUGGUUGAGGGAUACAUGAUAUGCUUCCUUGUACAUAUUUGUCACAUGGUAUAGGAACACAGAAUGCAGAACACACACUACAUAAUGUAGAAUAUUCACUGCACACACCAAAGCUUCUCUGUAUGUUUACAAAUGUAUUUUAUAUGUAGUUUAUACGUGUUUAUGUGAAAAUAAAAACUUAGAA